CACUAUACCAAUAUAAGUCAUGGGAUAGCAGUAUUCAAAAUGAUCAGGAAGUGUUACCUCUGUGGAGGGCUUGGGAAUGUAUGCACUGAGUGAAUUUGUAAGGUGUUAUCUUGUGAGUAAAGUUAAACACUGGCCAGCCUGCAUUAUAUGAGACUACGAGCAAGGUAUCUGAUUACGAGUGAGGCCUGGUAGCGGGUGCCAUAUGUAUAAAACAUCACAUUUCUAUAGUUAAGUUCCUCAAUUCACAGUGUCAUGUGUGUACCGGGGAUAUGUUAUAGAAGUGGUUGCCACUUACUAUGAAAAGCACAGAGAGUGGCAAUGAUCUUGACCAAGUGAUUACAAUUGUCUGUGUAAACUCUACAAGCUUAGGACGUGGCAAAAGUCAUGGGACAUGAUAACAAUACCUGUCCAAUGAUGUAACAAAUACUGUAUCAGUGUAUCUACAUGUCAGCCUAUGUAAAGUUGUAAAAGUUGAGUUUGACAGUGUCUGGCAGUGUAAAGUGUACACAUUUCAGGGUACGGUGGAACAGUGUUCUUUGAAGCUUUAUAGGCUUGUGAUGGUAAUAAAUGUUAAUAAUGGGACUAAUAAAACUACGUUCAUUGUAUUCACAGCAUUUUAUUGCUUUCUCUCCAAUUUGCAGCAACUGUAAAAACUCCAGCAGGUUUGAGUGUCAGUGACUCAGUGCGAGAAGAACUGUUGCUUCAGAAAUGGAAACUCCACUGAGACAGCCCAGAUGAUCCCACAAGCGCUAUUAAACUUCCCUAUAAUUUCUCAACUUCCUACUUUGUUUCAGACAAUAUUCUGCUCUGAUCUCUGUAACAUACCUUCCUUUGUUGCUCUGUCGCUCUAUAGCUGGAGCUUAUUUCUCCUAUGCAGGAGGAGUUUAUCAGUGUGUGGGUGCGGGACCCUCGCAUUCAGAAAGAGGACUUCUGGCAUGCCUAUAUGGAUUAUGAAAUCUGCUUACAUACCAACAGUUUGGCCUUCAAUAAGAAAAGUUCUUGUGUGCGGAGGAGAUACAGCGAGUUUGUGUGGCUGAGGCAGAAACUGCAUGAUAAUGCCUUGCUCUUAGCACACAUACCAGAGCUUCCUCCAAAGAACCCCUUCUUCAGCCUCAACAAUGCCAGACAGAUCACUGCCCGCAUGGAGGGACUGAGAUUUUUCCUGGAAGAGAUUGUACGCUGUCCGGUGCUGCUGUCUGACAGUUGCCUGCACCUGUUCCUGCAGUCUCAGCUGAGUGUGAAGAAGAUCGAGGCGUGUGCCGAGGGCAGGAGCCGCUACACUGUUGCUGAGGCCAUUCAGAGCUCAGGCUGCCGGGUCCAGCGGUUCUGCUCUGAGGAGCAUUCACAGGAGGAGGGAGAGACUGACUCAGAGUGACUGGGCUUAUUUAUUUUGGUCCAUAACAUAAUAAUUUUAAUACACUUUUAAUAAAUGUGUGUGGAAUCCCAUUCAUCAUAGUCAUAGUGCAGUGCAUCUGCCACAACAGCUUGUAUUAAGGUUAUGAAUUAAGAAAGAAUAGAAGAACAUGCUAAUCCUUUCCAGUUUUAAAUUGUGUGUCCAUUUCCAAAAGCUGCUCCACAGUGGGCCUAUUGUCUUGGAUGCUUUCCUCCAAUGUGAAGAUGCAUAUCUCAAUAUAAAAUGUAUAAAUGAUUAAUGUUAUUACUCUUCACAGAGCCUGGCUGAAUUUGUGUAGGCACAUUCAGAAUGCAGGCUCUGUAUGCACUGUUUUGUUGUUAGAACCACAGAUGGGCCUAGAGAGGUUUAUUGGAAGUAAUUUACUGUAGGCUAUGCCUGUAAAUGAUGUCCCUAAACUGUAAUGUGCUGAAUUAAGUGGGCCUUCGGAGAACUGAAUUCCAAUUCCUUUGCAGAAUGUGUGUGUAUAUAUGUGUGUGGUAUUUUAUUGCAGAUUUAGAGGAGAUCAUAAUGUAGAUUGUCCAAUUUCUCCAUUGUUCAUUUUUUUUCUUGAUGUUUUUCUACAUGUUCAAAUGGUGCAUGUUUGUAGCCAGUAGAUGGCGCCGCUGCUAUACGCUUGAUGUGUUCUUUCCCUAUGGCCUGUUCUCUAACAUUCAGUUCUUUGUUUUUGUUCAGCUUGGGAAAACACUGAAUGGGUUGCACUAUGUAAAUAUGUGUAGAUAAAUGAUUUACAAACACAUUAAAAACAAUACUGAACUGA